AUUAUACAUUACUUAUGUUUAGUGAUGAAUGAUCCGUUCGCUGAUAUAAAUAUAUAUAUAUAUAUUAAAAUUUAAUAAAUGCCUAAGGACGCUAGAGGAAAAAAUAGAAAAUGGGGGAAUCAUAAAGAUAGAUAAUUCGAAUCAGUCAAUGAAGGUGAAUUGAUUGAGUAAUUAAAACAUCAAGCAGAAGAUGAUUAAGAAGAUGAUGAUGAAGUUGAAUAAUAAUAAUAGGAAUAACCUUAAAAAGUUGAAUAAAAAGAAGAAGGUUAAGAGGAAUAAUAAUAAGAAAAAAAGAAGAAAAAGAAAAAGUAAACUUAAAUUUAAUGUAAUUAGAAGAGUGACUGCUGAAGGAGUACCUAAACCUAAAAAAUAAAAGAGAAAUCUUGAUAUGCCUGAAUCAGAAGAGGAAGAUGAAUCAUAAUAUUAUUGAAUGUGAUAUAUAGAUGAAUUAAAAUUAAACAUAAUUAAUUUGAAG